AUGAGGGGCAUCGACCAAUCUUGACGGCGAUACACCCGGCAGGAUGUCCUCACGAACAAAAUGUGGCAGAUUGCGUGCAGCAACUUGUCCGAGGGGUAGAUCGAUGGUGUUACCACCCCAUAGUUAACGGUACGAAAGACGUAACUUAUGCCAUGUUUUCUAUACAUACUCGACCCACGGAGACAGCUCCGAAGAGUGAAGUGAAAGCGGGCUCAGUGCAACGAUAUUAAAAUCAUCCUUCUAUUCCCUCUGUUUGUUUUCUUUUUCUUUUGCUUUUCAAGUCGCAUCUUCUUCGUCAUCGUCAUCUCCAUCAUGACGCUUGUUCAAGAUCUAGCAACAGCAAAUAUUGAGCCAUCGUUGAAUGGCAAUGGGAUAGACCACGUCGUUCCUGCGCCUGCAUUAUACGAUCUGAAAAAUGCGCCAGUAACCGAAGUCAAGAGGAUCCCUCAAGAUUCUACAACAGAAGCUCCUGCAACCAAGCCGCGAUUUGAACUUGAAGAACAUCCCGUCGACCAGGUCAGAGAUAUCAAAGUUGGUGUGAUUGGAGCUGGGUUGUCGGGCGUAUUAGCGGGAGUGCUUCUGCCAGCGAAGCUGCCUGGUUUGGACCUACGAAUCUAUGACAAGAAUCCGGAUGUGGGUGGCACUUGGUUCGAAAAUACCUAUCCCGGCGUCAGAUGCGAUAUUCCCGCCCAUGUGUACCAAUCAGGAUUCGAACCCAACACGCAAUGGAGCGAGGAGUUUGCCCAAGGCAAAGAGAUCAAGGAAUACUGGCAAGGAGUUGCACGAAAGUACGACGUCUACAAGUAUUUGAAACUGAACCACCGAGUCGAAAGGGCAGAAUGGCUGCCGGACGAGGGUAAGUGGAAAGUUACAUUGAAGGAUCUGAAGGAGGACAGAGUGUAUGAGGAGCUGCUGGAUAUCCUGAUCGGAGCUAUCGGCCAUUUCAACGCCUGGAAGCUCCCGGACUAUGAAGGAAGAGAUCAAUUCAAAGGAACGAUCUUCCACUCUUCUAAUUGGAACCACGACGUCGAUCUCACCGGCAAGCGCAUUGCCCUCAUAGGAAAUGGAGCAUCAGGACUCCAGGUUCUCCCCUCGAUCCAGCCCAUUGCAGGUCAUGUUGACCACUAUGCUCGGAACCGAACAUGGGUGGUGGACUCGUUUGCCUCGACAGGUGUUCGCAGGCUCGAGCCGAAUCUCUUCUCGAAAGAGCAACUGGAGUCUUUCAAGGAUCCAGAAAAGUACCUGGAGUAUCGACGAAGCGUCGAGAAGGGCUACUUCCAGAGAUUCAGUGUCAUCUUCAAAGACUCUCCCGAGAACAAGGAAUUGCGCUCAAAAUGGAGCAAGAUGAUGCUAGAUCGGGUGGUUGAUAAGCCUGAGCUAUCAGACAAGAUCAUCCCUGACUUUCCACCAAACUGUCGCCGACCGACUCCCGGUCCGGGAUAUCUGGAAGCAUUGACCAAGGAGAACGUCAAUUUCAUCCAGACGCCUAUCCAGCGCUUCACAGAAAAGGGAAUCGUAACCAACGACGGCAUCGAGCGGGAAGUCGACGUUAUCAUCUGCGCUACUGGUGCAAACGUCGACUUUGCUCCUCCGUUCUCUCUCAUCGCCAACGGCAUUGAUCUGAAGACGGCAUGGAAACCAGAAGGCCACUUCGGAUUUCCAUACACUUAUCUCGGUCUCGCAACUCCCGGCUUCCCUAACUUGCUCUGGAUCGGAGGCCCUGCUUCCUCUGGUUACAGCGGCUCUGUCCCAAACAACGUCGAAAACCAGAUUACCUACCUCGCCAAAGUCAUCCGCAAAUUCCGCAGCCAAGGAAUCAAGAGCCUGGCGCCAUCGAAACAAGCCACGGACGACUACGUUGAGUACAGCGAUCGGUUCUACCCUCGCACGGUCUGGACCGCCAACGAUGACUCUUCCGAAGGAAACAAGAACUGCAGUUCGUGGUAUAACGGUGGACGACCGGGUGGUCGCGUACAUGGUAUCUUCCCUGGAAGUGCAAGUCAUGCCAACUAUGUUCGGCGGGAUCCCAGAUGGGAAGAUUUCGAGUACACGUAUCUUAACCCUAGCGGGAAUCGGUUUGCUUACUUUGGAAAUGGGUGGACGAAGAGAGAGUUGGAUCCCGAGGCGGAACUCACGCCCCAUCUUACACUUCCUGAGAAGAUUGAUCUGAGAUCAUAUAUGGAGGGUUGGUGGGAUGUAUGAGUGGUCUGCGAUAAGUUUA